AUGCGCUGCUCUCGGGCGUACUUCUCCCGUGUCGCCGUGCUCGGUGCUGCAGGUGGCAUUGGCCAGCCGCUGGCCCUCCUCCUCAAGAAUAACGCGCACGUGAAGGAGCUGAAGCUGUACGACAUCAAAGGGGCCCCGGGUGUGGCUGCCGACCUCUCCCAUAUUUGCUCGUCAGCGAAAGUGACUGGGUACUCGCAGGAGGAGCUCAAUAAGGCUGUCCAGAACACUGACCUCGUGUUGAUCCCUGCCGGUGUGCCACGCAAACCUGGGAUGACACGCGACGACCUCUUCAACACGAACGCUGGCAUCGUGCGCGAUCUCGUGACGGCGGUUGCCAGGGCCGCACCGAAGGCCAUCAUCGGUGUCAUCAGCAACCCCGUCAACAGCACUGUGCCGGUGGCUGCGGAGACGCUGAAGAAGCUCGGCGCGUACGAUCCUGGGCGCCUAUUUGGCGUCACCACACUCGACGUUGUCCGUGCUCGUACCUUCGUUGCGGAGGCGCUCGGUAGAAGUCCGUACGACAUCGACGUCCCUGUCGUUGGCGGCCACAGCGGUGAGACGAUUGUGCCGCUGCUCUCAGGCUUCCCGUCACUGUCGAAGGAGCAGGUGGAGCAGCUGACGUACCGCAUCCAGUUUGGUGGGGAUGAGGUGGUGAAGGCGAAAAGUGGAGCUGGCUCGGCGACGCUGUCCAUGGCGCACGCGGGAAACGAAUGGGCUACGGCGGUGCUGCGCGCCCUCAGCGGUGAGAAGGGUGUCACAGUGUGCACGUAUGUGGAGAGCAGUGUGGAGCCGUCAUGUACCUUCUUUAGCUCCCCGGUGGAGCUGGGCAAGAAUGGUGUGGAGAAAAUUCAUUGUGUGCCGAAGCUGAACGCAUACGAGGAAAAACUGAUGGCCAAGUGCUUGGAGGGUCUGCAGGGCAACAUCAAAAAGGGAGUCGCUUUUGGCUGCAAGUAA